AUGGUGACAACGAAGAAGCUGUCGACCUUGCCCGUCACCACUUUUCUAAUCUCAACUGUAUUACUAUCGAUAGUCCUUCCUUCAACCGCAUCUGCUUCACCUAUCCAUCAUGAUAUAAUCAAUAGACAUGAAGAUGAUGAGCAUGGGAGUAUAGGAAUGGGUAUCAACAUGCAUGGAGAUGAAAUGGGCGAUGAUAGAGAAGCAUACAAGGGCGAUACGGAAUCUUAUGAUACUGAUAAAAUCACAUCGAGUAUAGUAUCUGGUGGCGAAAAUUCCUUCGCUUCUUCUUCUGCCUCAUCUUCGGCUGUGUCGCAGAGCCCAUCAUCAAAAGCACCAUCUCAUCCACCAUCGGGACAUGAUCAUGGAUCACAUACAGCUGCCAAGACAGUGUUAGAUGAUGAAUCCGUACAUGAAUGGCACCAUUUCCCACCAACUUAUUUAGACGUCGAUUUCAAACUAGACAAUGAUUCAGCUAUUUUCGGUGAAGAAUUUGACGAUACGUGGAAUCCUGAAACUCUCGAAUCUCAUAAAAGGCUGAUGAUGAUUCAUACUUCACUAUUCUAUGGUGCUUAUUUCGGUUUAUUACCUAUAUCACUUGCCCUUCGAGCUGCAGAUCACUCUUCACAUCACAUCGCCAACGCAAUCUUCCUCGUAGUAGCUGUUUUGGGCUGGCUAGCAGGUAAAGCAUAUAAAGCUGCUCAAAAAAACAGAUAUGAAGGAGCGGUUCAUGAACGUUUCUCAGACGUUCUCGUCCUUCUUUCAAUUGGAUUAACAAUUGUUGAUGCUUUCGAACUUAUCAGGAAAGCCAUAAGAUUCUAUAAUCAGGAUGAUAGAUCUUGGUCUUCAUUCCUUCACGAAGUUUUGCAAUCUCACAAAAAUGAAGAGGAUAUAUCGGCAAACAUAUAUGAAAUGGUUGGUUUAGUUGAUGAGCCUGUGCACGAACGCGAGUUUGGACGACAUGACAAUCAAGUGGUAUUCGCACUCGAUGAAGAUGAAGACGAGGGAGAAGGUGAAAGCCUUCAUGAUCAUGUAUCAGAUGGUGUUGAGAACCAUUCGGUUGGGACCUCCAACUUAGGUAAACCUCAACGACCUUCUGCCCUCGUCAGGCAAUGGACACCUCCAUCGAGAAACUCGACUGGAUCAGAGGGUACUCUACAAGAUACACCAGGUUCCUCUUCAUCUUCACACAACAGCUUCAUGCAGAAAUCAAGAUCCCAGAUUGGCGCUUAUGAUGCCCACGCAAAGGAUCAUCAUGGUAUACACGAAAAUCGACAUGAACAUGAACACGAACAUGGAGAAGAACACGAACAGGAACCAGAACACAUACAGCCUAUUUGGUCUAGAGAGAAAUCUACAGGUAUCAAAAGAGCAGCUGAGAUAGUCUUGACUUGGAUAAGAAGAAGUCAAAUCAUUAUUGCAUACGUAGUCUUCCUUACUGAAUUCACCGAAUACACCGGUAUGUGUCGAGCAGGAUUGAUCAACUCUUGUGCUGCUCACUAUAUCAAAGGAUCAAUAUUCUUCUGGUAUGGUGUCCUUACCUUCGCUCGAUAUCUCGGUGCUUAUGCGGAUCUUGGAUGGGCAUGGAACAAACGACCUGGAGGUGUUGGGAUAACAGCAGAGAUGAUUGAAUGUUCAGUCAUUUUCACUUAUGGUAUCACCAAUACAUGGAUGGAGAGAUUCGGAUCAAGCCCAGAAGAUCCAUACACUGUCAAACAGGUGCAACAUAUCUCUAUCGCUAUCAUGUUUUGGUUCGCUGGUCUCUCUGGAAUCUUGCUUGAGUCAAGAUGGGUUCGAAAAGUCAUGGGAUCUUUUAUUUCUGGAGGACGAAGGGAUGUACAUGAACCACCAACUUAUGCUUUCAGCUAUAAUCCUCUACCCGCUUUAGUCAUCGGAGUUACUGGUUUAGCCAUGGCAGCUCAUCAUCAAGAAUACGUAUUCCAGGUAUCAAUACACUCACUGUGGGGAAUAUUGUUGGCUGGUGGAUCAUUAUUCAGACUCUUAACUUAUUUCUUUCUAUUCCUUCGACCACCUGUCGAAUCUACUUUAGCAUCAAGACCGCCAACUGAAAUCUUGACUUCAUUCGGUUAUGCAGCAGGAGCUAUAGUGUUCAUGCUGAGUAAUGAAGAAAUUGCAUGGGCUGCAAUGAGAGCUGGAUGGGAUGAUAUGAUGGCUUUCUUGAAUUUCACCAUUGCUUUGACUUGUUUGAUCUUUUGUUGGUGUAUAGUCGUCAUGGCCAUAAAAGGCUGGGCGGGAAUGAGGAUGACAACAAGACAUGAUGGGAGAAAACUAGAAGAAGAAGAAGAAGAAGAUUUAGAAUGA